AUGUCUUUGGUUGCUGAUUAUCAAAGCGACUCUUCUGAGAAUGAAGAUUCUCCCUCACCACCUCCCCCUGAUACUUCAUCAAAAUCACAAUCAAGCUCCUUAUUAAACCUUCUUCCCCCACCCAAACAUUCCUCAAAAGAAACGAUAUCUUCCAAGCUGCAACCAUCAAAAAGUAACGCUUAUACUACACCAAGUCAAGCGUCUUCCAAAGGGAAACGGGAUGGGCCUGUAAAAAUAUUCGUUGAUCUGCCGAAAAUAUCAGAGGGCAAUGAGAGUGAAGAAGAGAGAGAAACAAAGAGGGUGAAGGUAGGAGGCGGGCUACUGGAUCUGCUGCCUGCUCCGAAGAAGGUUGCCAGCACUGGCGCUGUUAAGGCUAAUACGUAUUACAAGCAGCAUCACUUGUCUACUGACCAAUAUGCAUCUGACGACCACAGUGCGUAUGACGAGCCUGGUGUGUAUGGCGAGCCUGGUGCGUAUGGCGAGCCUGGUGUGUAUGACGAACGUAGUAGUAAUGCAUAUGGCACGUAUUAUUACGAUCAUAGCAUAUCAAACGAACGGGAGGAGGGACAGGAACAAACAGAGACCAAAAUUGAUAAUGAUGUGUUACAACAAUUGGGCGGAAGACGAGGGCGGGCAGGCCCAAUACAGAUAAAGGAGAUUAGUGCAGCUGAUCAGCUGGCUGACGCGUGGAAGUCUCAGGUUGCCGAUAUAUCAAAACCUGCUACAUCAACCGGCAGCUAUUCGCACUUGAAACCUACUAAAGGACAAAAGCGUAAGCAUAAUAUUAUGUAUCUAGCAUAUCAGUCCAAGUCAAUGGAGAAUGAUCUUAAAGAGCAAUUUGCUACAAAUCGUAAGACCAAGAGGGAAACUCAAGCAAAAUAUGGUAUAGUAUAUCCUGUAUGA